GUUUUUUUUCCCCCCUUGCAGUCACAGAUGGAUGAAGGGAGCUGGGCAUAGACGCUCUACACACCCUGACCUCUCAGUGCAGGCACCAUGUUGCUUACAGUGACACCUCUGGAAGAUCCUGGGCCGCCCUCUCCAACUCCACCUCCUACUGCACCAAAGCCCUCCAAAGACAAUGCCCGGCUCCAGCGCCUUUUACGCAAAGCUGCAAAGAGGAGUGGCCUGCAGCAGCCUUCCUCACAACCCCCUAAAUCCUUCCGCUCCACCCUCUCGCCUGUCAAUGAAGGGGACCUGGAGAGCCCUGAACCUGUAUCGCCACAUAAAUUUGUUCCUCCACCACUUAAUCUGCCGCCGCGCUUCCAGAUUCGCCCAAUGACCCACCGAGUGCCAUCGCCUUACCCAAAGCAACGCAGCUUCACAUUCACCAUCAGCGAGCAGCAGAGUCUGAGCCACUAUCUGACUUCUCCACCACCUCUGGAAACACCCUCACCCCGCCCUACAGGAUCCAGUACUCCUAUUCCAUUCUCAGAGGGGGCCUGCACCCCACUUCCUAGCACCACUGGGGUGCAAUUAAAAGAGUCCAGUUACCAUGACAGCUGUCUGCAGUUCUCCCCAGGAUUCACUGAUUCCCUUCCCCAAUCAUCUGUCACGCCCUCCUCCAACUCUGAGAAUCGGGUCACCACUACGCUAAUCCUGCCUGUGACAAAGCCAAAAAGGCCAGGACCUUUGGUAGUGUCCAAACCCACAGAAGAACUAAACAAUGUGCAGAUUUUCAGAGGGGCCACAAAUACAGAAAGUAUUAAAUGCAUCUCAGGAAACAAAGAAGUAGCCAUUGAUGGUUGCCACCCCAAAGAAACACUACCAGAACCCCCCUUAAAUAAGGAAGAUGCCUCGGAUAAACCAGGUUGUUGUUCAUCGAUCUCAAAGACGGUGCUACAGUUAGAAGUGCCUUCCAUUCAAGUGACCAUGGAGAAUGAUGAGUCCAUCUCUAUAGGAACAGUGGCAAAGGAGGCUCCGCGGCUCACCUUAUCUACUGGACUCAGGGAAACAGAGAUACCAGGUGGCGCCCUCCCUUCCCAGUGUGCUGUAAAUGCUCCUAGAGACUCCUCCUCAGCCGUGGGAGCCACAUCCAGUCGGACAGCUUCUAAAGUAACAGUUUCACCUAAAACUGCCCAAAUUACAGAGCCGCCAUUACUCCCAAAAAAAGAGGUAAUGACCCUCUUAAAAAACCCAGAUAGACCAAAGGCACCAAGAAAAAAGCCCGGAGGAGGCUGGGCAAGGCUAGUGAAACACCUAACUGUGGAACCCGAGGAACCUAAAUUCCCUGAACAGCAGCAAGCGGAGGUGACAAAUGAGAAACGGAGCGGGGAUGAGGGUUUAUCCAUAGAGGCAGCUCCACAGAGCCGGACCUCCCGGGCCAACAAGAUGUGGGAUGCCCUUUUAUAUCACAUGGCCACAUCCACCAAAGGGCAAGAGAAGCCAGGAACUGAGAUUGCACCCCAGUUACCCCUUCUGCGCUCACGUUUGCCUCUCCUUUUGCACCGGCCCAGAUUUGAUGCUCGCAAGUUAAAGGAGGCGGCCUCCCGGCCUUUACGGAGAGUAACGGCUUUCUUUUGCAGGAGGAUCAGUGAAAACAAGCCGCCACCAGCUGCCACCUUCAACAGAACGGCAUCAGGGUGGAGCAUACACAAGGAGGAUACAGAUAAAAUAGAAGGGGAGGCAGGAGAGAAGGAAGGAGAUGUCCAGGAAUGAGAGACUAAUAAAGGCCAUUUGUUCCAUUAUAAAUUCUGGACAAAAUAUGUAACCAUUUUAGUCUCAUUAUGCCCUAAUCUCCACAUACACUCAACUACGCUGCAUUCAUCUUUGGCCCAGAUAAAUAUGAUAACACAAGCAAGGUCUAGGAUAGCAGUCGUAUGAAACAGUUACUGUUAUAACCACUUCAGAGCUAUGCUACACCAAUCAGAUCAUCAGACCAGAGACUGGCUGCUUGCAGUUCGCAUUGCUGCAACCUAUCAGUACGGGACAACAGUAGGAGCACCUUGCUCGCUAUUCCCAAGCAUGCCUCAUUGACCCUUAUCUUCUAAAACCCUCAGUGAGUAGCUUCACAUUGAAAACAAAUUUCCACUAGCCGUUGGCUACAAAUGAACCACCAAAUUAACUGGUUUAAACAAGCAAGGCUUAAAGAGCAUCCACAUAUUGAUGGAAUGUUUCCAUAAUAUAGGUUAAUAGUAGUAAUUACCCCUUUACCAGUGGCUUACCUACCAGAGGGUAUGGAGUACACCAGGCGUGUUACACCACUGCCCUCCACCGAUAGCAUUGUCCCCACUCUACUUAUCAAUUGCCUAUGCAGUUACUAGAAACUCUUGGCCCUAUGGCCUCCUUAUUCAUGAACUUCCAAAACACUAGUCAGCACCUGUUUAUCUCAGCCCCUCUCUGCACCAAUACAAGAGGUCCCAUUAAUACCUGUGCCCACUGAGACUUUUCCUGGUACCCAGGUGGGCCAAUCCAACACUGCUUGGCUGGCACUAAAGUGAAUAGGUUGGAAAGCUACUGGGCCACAACUACAAUUCAACUACUGGUAAAUUGAUUGAGGUGUAGUUUAGAAACAACUAGAACCCCUCCACCCCAUAGGUCUAUUGUGAUGUUAGUUUAAUAUCAUCACAUUUCCAUUUUCCCAUUUGGGUUUUUUAACACAUAUUUAUGUAUUGUCCUAUAAUUCAGAACUGUUUUUUUGGCUUUGCAUAAACAUUUCUGCUUCUAAAGUGCUAAAGAGUUUUGCCUGAAGAGUAUUCUAGAUACUGUAGCCAUUGCUGGUGAAUUUAUUAUUACUUGCCUGCCUUAUAGAACAUGUCUCGUUGUCAGAAAAAGUGACAAAACUGUUGUUUGUUGGCAGAAAGGAGUAGGAUAGAAAUCCCAUGAUUACCAGGAAAUACGUUUCCCGUGUAGGCAGGAAGAAAUGACUAUACUUUUUUCUAACCCUACAUCUACCUAGGUUUAUAGGUUUAUAGUAGAAAUGAAACCCCUGAUUAGUGUAACUUUAAUAUACAGGUUUACAAGACAGAUGCUGGUAUAAGGAACAGAAAGUGAAAUUGAAGAUGAGAAAGUGUAUAAAGGGCUAGAAGAAGGGACUUAUAAAGUGAACCCAUCUUACCUUCUCAAGGGUCCUCCACAUAAACCUUCUCGUAUUUCCCGUGUCCAGCUAGAACAAACUUGUAUUUCUUACUAGCGCUCAGACUCUGGGGGAGGGACAGACAGAAAGUAAGGUCAGAAUCAGGGUGCAACUGGGAUGUCAUACUCAAGUAAUGCACUUCCUGAGGACUUUGCAGACCAUAGAAAGGCUUGCUGUGGUAUCCAGCUAUAUGUCUUCCAAACUUGGCCCUAACCAUGUACUGUGACAUUGAAACAGUAUUUAUAAUAAAGUGCUAGCACACAGUGUG